GGUCGACGAGGUUAAGAUGGAAGCCGAGGACCAUCUCGCAAGGGAAUACGUACAGGAGUUUGUUCUCGAUCAUCUCGAUCCCGCCGACGUCAAACGAGAGGUACGAAUCAGCUCACCGAUGAUGGUGAACGGUAGCGUGGUGCAGCUACCUGGUCAGGUGCAAGCACAAGGUUUAGCUCUGGCGCCCCUAACGCCGCCGGCGCACGAGCUCGAGCAACCUCAUCCCCUUUACGGGCAGCCGCACAUACAGGUGCAGCACGGCGUCCUGGUGAAGGCACCGCCGGGUACAGCAUCUCAUUUAACCACUCUCUCCCAUCCUGGAACACCACCGGACACACCUCCGGUUUCAGCUUCUCCACCGCCGUUGCAAUUGCACCGGGGUGAGAGGGAUCCCCGAGAAAGGGGCCUUUUCUUGCAUCUGCAACAACCUAAUUCAAUCGUCCAAGACGAGAUGCAACCAGGUACCGGGAGUAUGGGCUGGUUGACGCAGACCCUCAGGCAGGAACCGCUCGACCUUAGGCCUCAUUGUCCUCAGGAGCAAACACCGGAACCUCAUCACGAAGCUUGGCCUUCCACGCCUACCCAUCAUCAUUUUCAAGAGCUCCAACAACUGCAGCGUCAUACUAGACACACUGGUGGAUACAUCACGAUGUCGGGUCACAUAGAGUACUAUGGGGGUGCGAACGCAGGUGGCGGGAUGCUUCCCGCGGGCGGAAGUGGAAUGUCGGGCAUGGAGGAUAGCAUGCAAGGGAUACCCAUGCAACCGGGAAGACCGAUGAGCGUUUGUUCAGUGAGUUCUUGCGGCGCGGGAGGACCUAGCCCAGCACACAGAACAGGCAAUGGUCUUUACUCGAAUUGUGCCAGCAACAACCCUCAGGAAGAACUCAUGAACGACGAGUUACUCAUGUCCCUGUCUGUUCGAGAAUUAAACAAACGCCUUCACGGUUGCCCGCGGGAAGAGGUGAGUCAGGUGGUGCGUUUGAAGCAGAAGCGACGGACCUUGAAGAACCGUGGCUACGCUCAAAAUUGUCGUAGCAAGCGGUUACAACAACGCCACGACCUCGAAACGACGAAUAGGAACCUGCAGAACGAACUUCAACGAGUCAAGAUCGAGCUGGCUCGUGUCCAGCAGGAACGUGAUCUCUACAAGCAACGUUGCGAGAUCCUGAGAACGCGACAGAAUCAUAAUCAUAAUCACAAUCACAACCAUCAUCAGCAACAGGCGUCCCAACAGCAACAGCCACAACCGCAACAACAUCAAACGCCAAAUCAACAGCAACAGCAAUCGCAGCAGCAGCAGCAACAGCAGCAACAACCUCCUCCACAACAACAACAACAACAUCAACCAGCGCCGGCUAGUCCGGAAGUUUAUCUGUGACAUCGACAGCGCCGAGGUGGCGCUUGUUGGACCUGAAGAGACAUCCGUCGUGUGAUCGCCAAGUUUUCACUUGUGACAUAGGUUGGUCGUGGGUUGAAUAGACCAGGCAGACAACCCAGUAUUCCUUCGAGAAGCAGUUUUUCAAUCGAGACUAAAAAAAAAAAGAAAAAAAGAAAAACUCUUUAUGCACAUCUUCCGGUCUACGUGUAUACAGAAAUGAGUUGACAUUCUCCUUAUUUCCAUAGCUUUGUUAAGCUACGGUGAGAGCCUUGACUGUUAAACUGACUUUCUAAAUCGCGUCGUGGAAUCUCCAGCGCAACUAAGGUAUCAUUAGAUUAAAGGUAAUUAGUUUGAUUCGCAUAGAUAAUAUAAAUAUAUGCUCGUGGUAGAGUGAACGUCUUUACCUGUACCAAAUAAACGAAAAGGAAAAAAAUACCAAAAAAAAAAGAAGAAGAAAAAUCGUACUUUGUCGUAGCUCAAAAGAAAAAAUAUGAAUGAUGCUUGUUCGUCGGAGAAUCUAGCAUUAAGAAGCUCAUUCUAUUUGUUAUUUCAUUUUUAGACAAAAGAAUCGCUUCCAUUUCCGAACGAUCGAUCUGAAUAGCUUUUAUUUGCUUGUUAUGUUUUAUUUUAUUUUUAUUUUAGCUACACUCUAUCAAAUAUUAAUUAUUAGCUUGGCAAUUAAAUUCACAAUCUUCACACAGCGAAUGUAAAUCGAAAGUUUGAAAUGUAAUAAUCCGCUACUCAAAUCGAUCGUUCUCUCAUUCUAUUUCCGUUUACAAAUUUUUUUUUUUUUAUAUCUAGUUAACACGCGUGGAACGUAACGUGUGUCGAAGUUAUUAUGCAUCGUUACGAUAUCGAACGUACAUUUUAUCGAUAGAACAAAGCCCUGAUGGAAAUUCGUUCGGAUUAUUUUUGAGCGAAUGUCCAUAGAAAUCGCGGUGUUUGAAUCGCGUUUAAUGAAUGAAUUCGAUUAAUUAACGGGGUCUGAUUUUAUCAUCUACGAAUGUGUUCGAUCGUGUACACGCGACGUGUAAGAAAAGGGGUGAGAAUGUCUGUUUUGACUCGGGACCCGAUGGAUCUCAAUGUCAGAUAUGCAUAAAAAAAAAAAGAAUCCGUGUCAGUACAUUUUCGUACUAACACGACAGUGAUAUCGUUUUAGUACUUAUGGCACAAAAUGAUCUGUAUACGGUAGCUCUGUAAAUUAUUAUUGGUCAAAUUUUAAAUUUCUUUUUUAGGGGAUGUUCAUACUUCUGUAUAAUCCCCUUCUGGGGAUUACGUUAUUGUUUUUUACGUUGAACAGUGGCGUAAAUUUUGUUAUUCUAAUAAUUGUAGGAAAUAUAAAAAUGAACAUUUGCAAAUAUAACAAUGGAAAUUUCGAAGUAAUCUUGUUUGAAUAUUUCAGACAAUUUUAAGGGGAAUGAAAACAAUAUUCGCAUCGAGUGCAAUGAAUGCAAAAAUUAUGCCACUGUAUUAUUGAAUAAUAUAUUAUUGUUUUGUCGCGUUGGAUUGCGUUCAGUCGUUUCUUUCGACCGAGAUGUAUCUGAUUCGACCUAAGAAUGUUUUAAUUCCCGUUACAUCGUCUCAUAUGUACAUAAAAUAAUUAUUAUACUUCUUAUUAUAAAUAAAUGUCGAUAUCGGCAGUUUCAGAUA